GUUUUGUUUGUCUGGUUGUGCUGGCGACUGAGAGGGAAGGAGCCAGGCCUAGUGGAUGCCUUGAAAGCCUGAGGCCUAACAACCAAACUCAGCCUGGCAACCUGGGCUAGAGAGGGUGUGGCAGGGCUGGUCGCGAUGUCUCCGGAUGAGGGCACCGAGUGGCUCCUGCAGCUGCUGAAGGAAGUGCAACUCGAGCAGUUCUACCUGAGGAUCCGCGACGACCUCAACGUCACCCGCCUCUCGCACUUUGACUUCGUCAAGACCGUCGACCUGGAGCGAAUCGGGAUGGGCCGGCCAGGGCACAGACGUCUCCUCGAGGCAGUGAAGCGAAGGCGCGUGAUGGGACGUCCCAAGUCCUGGAUGUCUAAGAUGUUCAGCGUGAAGGCGGGCGAUUACUACGAGCAGCCAUCGUACGCCGGCAGCCAAAACCCCUCUGCCCCGGAGUCGGACUUUGCGCUCAAGUGCCUGAUCAACGACAGGGACCUAGUCCUGCACGAGCGGCUGGGCAACGGCUCCUUCGGCGUGGUGAGACGGGGGGAGUGGAGGCUGCCCAACGGACGUGUGUUGAAUGUGGCCGUGAAGUGCCUGAGGCCGGACAUCUCGAGUGAGGGGGAGGCCACGGCCGAUUUCCUGCAGGAGGUCAAUGCGAUGUACGCCCUCAACCACCCACACCUCAUCCACCUGUAUGGCGUCAUCCUCAGCCACCCCAUGAAAAUGGUGACGGAGUUGGCUCCCCUUGGGUCCCUGUACGACCACCUGCGGAGCCGGCACGCGGCCUUCCCCAUCCACCUCCUGUGGCUGUACGCCGCGCAGGUGUGCGAGGGCAUGGACUACCUGGAGUCCCAUCACUUCAUCCACCGCGACCUGGCCGCACGCAACAUCCUGCUGGCCAGCGAGGAUCUGGUGAAGAUCGCCGACUUCGGUCUGACCCGCUCGCUGUCCGACUGCGACCAUUAUGUGAUGCAGGCUCAUCGCAAGAUCCCCUUCGCCUGGUGCGCUCCGGAAAGCCUGAAGUCGGGAACCUUCUCCCACGCGUCGGAUGUCUGGAUGUAUGGAGUUGUCUUGUGGGAGCUGUUCUCCUAUUGCGAGGAGCCCUGGAUGGGGAUGUACGGCAGAGAGAUUUUAAUGAUGAUCGACCGUGAAGGAAAGAGGUUGGAGCAGCCUGUCGAUUGUCCGACCAACAUCUACAACUUGGCACUUCACUGCUGGUCAGCUGUGCCCGAGGACCGUCCCACCUUCAGCGCACUGCGACCACGGAUCAAAGAGGCCCGCCCCCUGGAGGUGAGGUCGCUGCAGGACUUCAGCGAGGCGGGGAAGCUGAAGAUGCAGAUGAAUGAUGUCAUCACGGUCAUCGAUGGACGGCCUGAGCUGGUGUUUUGGCGAGGACAGAACAAGAAGACCCUACAAGUGGGUCUCUUCCCUCAGACCCACGUGACUGCCAGUACCAGCCGCUCUGGUCCCAUGAUCAGCUCGCCGCUGAGGAGCACCUUCAUUCACCUCGGACACGGCGACAUCGACCCCCGUCGCUCCUGGGGCUUCCCUGAGAAGAUCAACGAGAAAUCUGGGAGUAAUCUGGCUGAUACCCGGAAUCCGAUCCAGCUGCUCAAGAUGUCAGGCCUUUCCCGGAGUCUGGACUCCAACAUCGACAGCGCGGAGCAGUUCUCCGACAGCGCCGACGUCCCGGAGCGGAACGCCAAGCCCGUCUCCAAGGAGCGCCUGAGGUGCAUCAGCGAGCAGGCCGCAGCCUUCGGGGCCGCCAGGGCCCAGGGCAACGGGAGGCCAAGGCGGGGCCCGAGGGGAGACCGUCGCUGGGCAGCCGAGGCCGAGGACGUGGCCCCGGCCGUGGCCAAGAUGCGGCUCAGGACGUCCCAGCCAAGGCCCAACUGCUGGUCCCUGGUGUGGCCACAGGAGCAGGAGUCGGUCGGACACCCCCACCACCAGGUGGAGAUCAGGAAGGACUUCAGGGGAGGCAGGCCUGCCGAGCAGCCAGGUAGACCCCGAGGUGCCAAGGGCAAUUAUCUGGGCACCAGUGUCUCCGAGGAGGUGCGAUCCGCUCCACAGGGCCCCAAGCCCAGCCUGCAGAGCAAAAUUAGACGUGUGCGGGAGGCAGUGCAUGGGGUCACCACAGAGGAGUGCCAGGAGGCUUUGCACAGCACCCACCUCGAUACACAGAAGGCCAUCCAGCACUUAAAGAUCCAACAACUGUACAACAUGAGUCAGAUGACCUGGGAGGAAUGUCAGCACAUCCUCCAGGAAUUUAACUGGAACCUGGAGAACGCCAGCCAGUUCCUGCUGAAGAGGAGUUUAAAAUCAUGAAAGUUCCACAAAGGACAUUGGAGGAAACUGGUUUCAGCUCCGAACUGGACGACAAACCUCCGAGGGGCGUCUGUUGGGGACGGACUUGAGCCCCAAACUUCCAAGUUGUGCGGCUGAAUUGACAGCCCUGCUCCAUUUCCCGGCAGAGUAUCACAUGGGUAGCUGCGUGCUGUUUCAUCGGACAGUCCCCGAAAGGGGGGAGGGAGUCGUGACGGCAAGAACGCGGGAGGUGUGCGGGGUAACGGCACCACCGCCCUCUCGGAAUCCGCUGCUGCCCAUGGGAUCUUUGGCGCCAUGUUGUGCGACGUGAUUGGUUCGGAUGGA